UGUGCUCGCCCUCCGACCCGGAAGCAGAGCCAGAGCGCGUCGCGGCAGCCCCCAACGAAGACCGGCUUGUCUCUGGUCGGUUCCCGGCGCUCUGCGUUUCGUGACCUUGUCCAGUAGAAGGCUAUUUAAUUUUCACAACUGCUUGAAUUUUGACAUACAAGAUGAAGCAAGAUGCCUCAAGAAAUGCUGCCUACACUGUGGAUUGUGAAGAUUAUGUGCAUGUGGUAGAAUUUAAUCCCUUUGAGAAUGGGGAUUCAGGAAACCUAAUUGCAUAUGGUGGCAAUAAUUAUGUGGUCAUUGGCACGUGUACGUUUCAGGAAGAAGAAGCAGACGUUGAAGGCAUUCAAUAUAAAACACUUCGAACAUUUCACCAUGGAGUCAGGGUCGAUGGCAUAGCUUGGAGCCCAGAGACUAGACUUGAUUCACUGCCUCCAGUAAUCAAAUUUUGUACUUCAGCUGCUGAUAUGAAAAUUAGAUUAUUUACUUCAGAUCUUCAAGAUAAAAAUGAAUAUAAGGUUUUAGAGGGCCAUACAGAUUUCAUUAAUGGUUUGGUGUUUGAUCCCAAAGAAGGCCAAGAAAUUGCAAGUGUGAGUGACGAUCACACCUGUAGGAUUUGGAACUUGGAAGGCAUGCAAACAGCUCAUUUUGUUCUGCAUUCUCCUGGCAUGAGUGUAUGCUGGCAUCCUGAGGAGACUUUUAAGCUAAUGGUUGCAGAGAAGAAUGGAACAAUCCGAUUUUAUGAUCUUUUGGCCCAACAGGCUAUUUUAUCUCUUGAAUCAGAACAAGUGCCAUUAAUGUCAGCACACUGGUGCUUAAAAAACACCUUCAAAGUUGGAGCUGUUGCAGGAAAUGAUUGGUUAAUUUGGGAUAUUACUCGGUCCAGUUAUCCUCAAAAUAAGAGACCUGUUCACAUGGAUCGAGCCUGCUUAUUCAGGUGGUCUACAAUUAGUGAAAAUCUGUUUGCAACCACUGGUUAUCCUGGCAAAAUGGCAAGCCAGUUUCAAAUUCAUCAUUUAGGACACCCUCAGCCUAUCCUCAUGGGUUCUGUAGCCGUUGGAUCUGGCCUGUCCUGGCAUCGAACUCUCCCUCUGUGUGUAAUUGGAGGAGACCACAAGCUGUUGUUUUGGGUGACUGAAGUAUAAAGUUUUCUCUGUACCUUAGAUUUAUAAACUUUGUAUUUUUAGUACAUAUUUUGAAGAAUUUCUAUAGUACAUAUUUUGAAGAAUUUUUAUAUCAAAUAUACCAUAUACUUUAGAAAAUGUCUCAGUUGCUUUUAUUAAAUAAAAUGUGAAUGAUUUGAAAAAUUA